CGUAACAAAUAGAGAGCGAGAGAGGAGGCAUGUGUUCCCUUACUUCUCCCUUUUUAAACCCACCACCCACGUUCGCCGUCUCCAUCCUCACUCCCUUUCUCUCGGCUACAGACUUCACACACCCGAAUCGUAACCCAGGUGGGUGCUGGUCUGCUGUUUAUGGAGCCAAUCAUAAUUUUUGCCCUUUUUUUUCUGAUGAAAUAUGUUUCUAAAUGAUGACAAUUCAUAUGUCAAUGUGGUAUUGCUAUGUGCCUGACUACUUUAAUGUUUCUUGUGUUGUUGUUCUUAAUUUGGAUAUUGCUAUGUGCUUUACUACUUUGAUAUUUCUUCUUUUAUUGUUCUUUGAAUCUGAUUUUGUAUAUAUUUUCCAUUCAGCUAUUCAACAAUGUUUAGUCCUUUUUGGCAUAUUUAACUGCAUCUCAUAUUGAUAUCAUUUUGAUUCCAAGCUGAGUGCCAUCAGCUCUGAGCAUUCAUGGUUAAUCAUGCUGAAGUCCUAUCUGGAUGAGUACCAAUAUCAAGCAAUGGAUACUUGUCUGAUUGAUUUUACCUAAAUCAGCAAUUUAGGUUUAGGCCCCCACUUUGCAUUACUUCAAAAUUGCUGGUUCCAUCUAUGAAUAAAGACCAAAUUAGAUUAUUGAAAAUGGUUGACUUCAAAAGAUAAUUUUGUUCUUGACUCAGGCCAUAUUGUGCCUCAUAGACUGUUUGGAUUCUUUGUUUUGUGGUUUUAUUUCUUGCUUGGUGCAGUUCUUAUACCUCAUUGUAUGGUGGAGAGAGGGCAUAGAAACGACCAGACAUUGAUCCUUGUUCCAUAUGGAAGAUCUUAUGAACAUAUAUCAGCUUGAAUUUUAGAAUUAAAAUUAUGAAAAGAUUUGAUAAUUAAAUAAUUCUUUGUUUUUGGCAGUUCACUGGGUGUGUUUCCUCACUUCUCCUUGUAACCAUUUUCAUUCAGAUAUAGGGAUUUGAAAUAUAUCUAUUUUCAAUCUCAGUAUGUUGGAUCUCCUUGAUGACUUUCUCAGGGUUUGUAGAUUAGAUACAAUUUCCAGUGGUAAAUGGCAGAUGGGAGUGGAAGAAGGACCAGCCUUCGGACAGGAGGAGGAUUAUUGAAUCUGCCAUUAGACAUCAUGGCUGAUAUCCUGUCUUUGCUUCCUAUAGAGGACAUCCUUCGAUGCAGGAGUGUAUGCAAGACCUGGUAUGGCUUGACGAAGGAUUCUUAUUUUUUCAAGUUGCAAUUUAGAAGAACAUUUUAUCACAUGCCCCGACUCAUGUUUAUAUCAAAGUCAGAAAAUAGCGUGUUUUUAUUGGACGGUAAGCAAUGUAAGGCGAGAGAGAUUGCUCUACCAACUGUGCUCGGACGCAAUCUCAUUGUCAUGAGUUCUUGCAAUGGCUUGCUUUGCUUGGCUUCAGAAGAAUCGCCUAAUCCAGUGAUCAUUUCUAACCCAAUAACAAGAAAGUAUAUUGUUUUGCCAGAAUCAGUGAAUGCUUCUUACUCCUUCAUUCAACUAGUUGGAUUGGGCUAUGAUCCUUGGAACAUGAAGUACAAAGUGGUAAGAUCCUACAUUGACAAUUCGAAGUUCACCAGAUUUGAAAUUAUUACACUGGGGGAAGCUUCAUGGAGGCAACUCGAUGUUCCAUGCAGAGUAGUUUGUGGGCGCAAUUCGAGGCCAAUAUAUUGUGAAGGUGCACUCUAUUGGAUCCUUGAUAAGAAGUUUCACUAUGAUGGCGACGGAUGCAUCCUUGCUUUUGAUUUAAGAGAGGAGAAGUUUGGAAUGAUAGCAUUGCCUCCCAACAUCAGAAUGCCAACGGGUAAUCCUGGUCUGUACAAUGGUAGUUUGCACUUGUUGAAUGUAGCAGGUUGCUUGACUGUCAUUGCCGAUGAAUGCCAGUUUCUGCAUAUAUGGCAAGUGAUGCGAAACAGGGAUAGAGGCUUUUCUGUUCGCUACCGUAGAAGUGACAUGCAUUGUCGCUGGAGUGUUUUCUCACAGCCAGUGUUGCUUGAUUGGUGUAAAGACAGUCUCUUGCUGUCAGUGAGCAAGUUUGGGGUAUACUCGGAGCGUGACCUCGUAGAGUAUUUCCCCGAAAGGAAACAGUAUGCUGGUCACCACAUCCGUGGACUUCCAAAAUGGUUUAGAAGUUGUAGUUUCAAGCCCAACCUUAUUUCUCCUCUCGAGUGCUGGCUCUCCUGAUAGUGUAAUCUGGUGCUAAUAGCACUAGACUGUGCUGUUUUUUUAAUGUUAUUUUUUGAAUGAAAUGUUGCACAUGCCAAUAUAUAUACAUGUUUUCCUGGUUAAAGAUUA